AUGGCCACCACAGCGGCGAGUAAAAAGGCCAAAGCUGUCUUCUGGGACAAGGACAAGUGCGCCAAGCCGUCGUGUCGGUGCGGCAAGUCGUCGAUCGAGGUCCUCCUCGACUGGCUCUCGGUCACGGACAAGGACGGUCGUUUCGUCAACUACCUCCGCUGGAAAGGCGGCGUCAAGCCCAAGAAGAAGGGCGCUGAAACAAAAGGCAAUGUCGCCUCGAGCAUCAUUCGCAUGCUCCAGGACGACCACAACCUCGUCCGCAACCAAGAGGCGGUCCUCGCCAAGCUGACAGAGCUGCACACGUCGCACAACGCCGCCCGCGACUUCCUCGAGGACACGGGGCGCCGUGUCCGCGACCGCCUCGACGCGCAGUACGCCGACAAGACCGAUCCUGCCUACAUUGCGCAAUUGGCACCGGUUCAGGCAGCGGCACUGAAGCUGUGCAAGCACUAUGACACGCUCGCCCCCAUCAUGGCAGACCGCCCCGACGCCCGCCCCGACGCCCGCCCCGACGCCCGCAACGGCAGUAAAAACGGCAGUGAAGAUGGCAGUGGAGACGGCAAUGAAGACGGCAGUGAAGACGGCAGUGGAGACGGCGAGGGUAACGAGCAAGGCGUAGGCGACGUCGUCGCACAGGAAGACCAGAGGGACGCUGCUGCGGGUGACCAUAUUGCGCUAGCAAACGACAGCAGUGGCGAUGAGCUCGAGCAGCACGAAGCGCUGAGCGACGACGGAAGCAGCUCUGAAAACGCCCGACCGCCUCCCCGCGGCCAAAGAAAGCGGUCAAGCAGCAGCGACAACAACCCGGCGAAGCGCAGGACGCCGGUGAAAAGCCUCGUGCGACAGCUGGACGCACAGAUCACAGCGGGCGACCGAACGGCCAAGGAGCUGGUGGCGCUACGCACGUCGGAGCUUGCACACAAAAUCCAAGUUCGCGAAGAAGAGGUUCGCUUGCGCCGCGACGCCCACAAGCUCAACGUACGCACGCAACGACACGCCGAGAUCAUGGCGAUUGCAGAUUUGCGGCGCCAGUUGGGUCUUCCGGCGCAGGACAUCUUGGACUACGUCGAUAGCGCGACGCGUGCACUGGACGCCAGCUAA